AUGGAUCCCGCGUUCGUCCAAGGGCUCCAUGAGCUUCUCAAGCAGAGCAACGUCCCCGAUACAAACACCGUCAAGGCUGCUACCGAGUCGCUCCAAAAUACCUACUACAAGAACCCGCAAUGCAUUCCCGCACUCUUCGAGAUCCUCGCCACCUCUCCUGACCUUGCUGUCCGCCAGCUUGCCGCAGUCGAAUUGAGGAAACGACUCGCAAAGAGCGGAGGCAAGGUCUGGACCAAGCAGUCCGUUCAGGUCCGUGAUGGCAUCAAGGCCAAGCUCCUCGAAGUCGUCACCAACGAGCAGGCUGCCCCCGUCCGCAACGCCAUUGCUCGUGUCAUCUCCGAGAUUGCCAAGCGCGAACUUCCCGCAGGCUCUUGGCCCGCUCUCCUCCCUUUCCUCUUCCAGGCCGCCGACUCGUCCAACGCCACCCACCGUCAAGUCUCGCUCUUCAUCUUCUACACUGUCCUCGAGACCUUCGUCGACGGCGGCGACUCUCUCGACCAGCACCUUCCUCAGAUCAUGCAGCUCUUCGCAAAGAGCCUCCAGGACCCCGAGUCGAUCGAAGUCCGCAUCACCACCGUUCGUGCCCUCGGAAAGGUGGCUCAGAAUCUCGAGAGCGAUGCUUCCGCAGACCUGGCCGCCAUGCAGUCCGCCGUACCCCAGAUGGUUGGCGUGCUCAACCAGUGUCUCGAGUCGAGCAACCAGGACGGUGUCCGACAGAUUCUCGAUGUGCUCGAGGAGAUUUGCAUGCUCGAAGUGCCCAUCAUCUCAAAUCACAUCGCAGAGCUCAUCGACUUCUUCCUCUCCAACGGUGCCAACACCGAGCACGAGGAGGACCUCCGACUCAUGUGCCUCAACUCGCUCAUCUGGAUCUGCUCCUACAAGCGCUCCAAGGUGCAGAGCCUCGGCCUCGCAAAGCACAUGAUCGGCCGUCUCAUGCCCAUCGCUGUCGAAGAGGACUCGGACGACGUCGACGAGGACUCCCCUUCGCGUCUCGCCCUCCGUGUCAUUGACGGCCUCGCCACCGAACUUCCUCCCAGCCACGUCUUCCCACCAUUGCUCGAGCAGAUGCAGACCUACAUGAGCAACCAGGACCCUCACCACCGCAAGGCUGCCAUGAUGGCUUUCGGCGUCUCGGUCGAGGGAUGCUCCGAAUACAUCCGCCCCCACAUGAACGACCUCUGGCCUUUCGUCGAGGCGGGUCUCAAGGACCACGAGGCUGUCGUUCGCAAGGCUGCCUGCGUUGCUCUUGGCUGCCUUUGCGAGAUGCUCGAGGAGGAGUGCGCUGCCAAGCACGCGACCCUGCUCCCCGUCAUCAUGGAGCUCGUCAACGACCCUGCCACGCAGCGAUCCGCCUGCACUGCUCUUGACUCGCUUCUUGAGGUCAUGGGCUCGGACAUCUCGCAGUACUUGCCCGCCAUCAUGGAGCGACUCGCCGGUCUUCUCGAGACGGCCCCCAUCCCCGUCAAGGCCACCGUCACCGGCGCCAUCGGCAGUGCUGCUCACGCGUCUAAGGAGGGUUUUAUCCCUUACUUCGACCAGACCAUGCAGCGCAUCAAGCCUUUCCUCACUCUGACCGAGGAGGGCGACGCCAUGGACCUGCGCGGCAUCACCACCGACACCGUCGGCACCUUCGCCGAGGCUGUCGGCAAGGAGGCCUUCCGACCCUACUUCCAGGACUUGAUGAAGCUCGCCUUCGAGGGCAUGGACCUCAACAACCCUCGUCUGCGCGAGUGCAGCUUCAUCUUCUUCGCCGUCAUGUCGCGCGUGUUCGGCGAGGAGUUCACUCCCUUCCUUCCGCACGUUGUGCCCAGGCUGAUCGAGUCGUGCCAGCAGUCCGAGCACGACCCCGUCCCCGGUGCAUCUGGCGACGGCACCAUCAACGGCAUCGGCAUUCCGGGCGACGAGGACGAUGACGAUGGAUUCGUCGACAUUGACGAGCUCAACGACGCUUUCCUCAACGUCAACUCGGCCAUCGCCAUCGAGAAGGAGGUGGCCGCCGACUCGCUGGGCGAGAUCUUUGCACACACCAAGUCCGGCUUCCUUCCCUACAUUCAAGAGUCGGUCGCACAGCUCGUUUCGUUGCUCGACCACUUCUACCAGGGCAUCCGCAAGAGCGCUGUCUCGGCCCUCUUCACCUACAUCAACACGUUCAACGAGCUCAGCAACCCGCAGCCAUGGCAGUCUGGCAUUCAGGUCAAGGUGCCUCUCAAUGCCGACGUGCAGAAGCUGGUUAGCGUCGUCAUCCCUGCCGUUCUCGAGAUGUGGGAGAGCGAAGAUGAUCGAACUGCCGCCAUUGAGGUGUGCCAGUCGUUGGCCGAAUGCCUCAACAAGAACGGACCGGCCAUCAUCGCGCCCGAGCACCUGGACGUGGUGUGCACCUACACCAUCAUGAUCCUCGAGAAGAAGAGCCCACCUCAGCUCGACUCGGAGAUUCCCGAGGAGGAGAACGAGGAGGCUUCCGAGUACGAGUCGGUGUUGAUCUCGGCCGCUUCGGAUCUGGUGGGCGCCAUGGCCAACGUGCUUGGAGCCGAAUUCAGCGAUCCGUUGAAGCAAUUCAUGCCUCAGAUUAUGAAGUACUACACGCCAGGCCGCUCUGUGAGCGACCGAUCCACCGCCAUCGGAUCGUUGGGCGAGAUCAUCACGGGCAUGAAGAGCGGCAUCACGCCCUUCACUCAGGACAUCCUCUCGUUGCUGUCGCGAGCACUCUCGGACGAAGAGGCGUCGGUGCGAUCGAACGCUGUCUUUGCAUCGGGCGUGCUGGUGGAGAACACGCAGGCGGACCUGAGCGCGCACUUCCCUGCGCUGCUCAACGCCAUCCGCCCCUUCUUUGAGAAGGGCCAGAACGAGUCGGACGAGAUCCUGACGGCACGCGACAAUGCUUGCGGUUGCCUGUCGAGGAUGAUCAUCAAGAACGCCGACGCGGUGCCGCUGGAUCAGGCGCUGCCCAUCUUGUUCUCGUCGUUGCCGCUGCAGAAGGACAUGGCCGAGUGGUCGCCCGUGCUGCACUGCAUGAUGAACCUCAUUCAGGCCAACAACGCGGUGGCGUCGCAGAACAUCGACACGAUCCUGCAGCUGUUCGCCCACGUGCUUGCGGGUGACGAGGACAACCUGGGUGCCCUGCUGCGCGGACAGGUCUGCGGCUUCGUCAGCCAGCUCAACACGCAGGUGCCCGACAAGGUGCAGGCUGCUGGUCUGCAGCAGUACCUCGUCUAA